AUGGAAAGUUCAAAAUUGACCAAGAAAAGAGCUGGUCAGAAGAGGCAGAGGAGCAGAUCUCCAGCUCUGCCCCCAAGGAACAUCGUGGGCUGCAGAAUUUCUCAUGAGUGGAAAGAAGGAGAUGAGCAGAUCACACAGUGGAAAGGGACUGUGCUGGAUCAAGUGCCUAUAAACCCCUCCCUGUACCUGGUGAAAUAUGAUGGGAUUGACUGUGUGUAUGGGCUGGAACUUCACACAGAUGAGAGGGUAUUGUCCCUUAAAGUUCUUUCUGACAAGGUGGCAUCAUCCCAAGUCACUGAUGCCAGCCUUGCUGAUGCCAUAAUUGGCAAAGCAGUGAAGCACAUAUUUGAGGGUGAACAUGGCUCUAAGGAUGAGUGGAGGGGGAUGGUCCUGGGCCAAGCGCCUAUCUUGGAUAGCAACUUUUAUAUUACUUAUGAGAGAGAUCCCGUAUUGUACAUGUACCAGCUUCUGGAUGAUUAUAAAGAGGGUGACCUCCAUAUUAUGGAGGGGUUCAGUGACCCCCCUCCUUUAGACAUUGACCUGGAGCUUGUGGAUGGCCUGAUAGGCAAACAUGUGGAAUACACCAAAAAUGAUGGCUCCAGGAGGGUUGGAAUGGUCAUUCACCAGGUUGAAGCCAAGCCUACUGUGUACUUCAUCAAGUUUGAAGAUGAUUUCCAUAUCUAUGUCUAUGACCUGGUAAAACAGUUCUAA